AUGAUAGUUUGCGUGAAAUGUCAAACGUGUCAAGGAGUGUCUCAGUAUGGUGAAUGUUCGACGAAUAGUGCAUGUGGUUGUUUUCAUACGAAAGCUGCUGAAGGCAGUGGUAUUUGUGCUUUUCUGUGGUUAACUUGUUCUCAACUUAUCUCGUGUGAACCUUUAAAUAAUGUUUGUUAUCAGCCUGGUCAUGUCUGUGUUCAUCAUUCUCGAUGUUUUGAUCAUCCAAUUUGUUAUCCAUUGUCAAUGACUGAACCAAUCUGUCCACCAAUUCCAUCUUUACCGUUGAGACCUGGUGAUGACAUUUGUGCAAACGCAACUUGGGCUAAAAAUGCUACUACGAUAGCUGGUGGCAAUGGUCAAGGAUCUCAACUCAAUCAGUUCGAUCGUCCACAUGGACUUUUUCUUGAUGACAAUCAAAAUCUCUAUGUUGCAGAUAGUGUUAAUGACCGAAUAGUUAAAUGGGGUCGUAACGUUUCAAGUGGUCAGCUAGUCGCAGGUGGAAAUGGAAGAGGAAACGAUAGCAAUCAACUAAAUUUUCCACUGGAUGUUAGUGUCGAUCCAAAUGGAACAAUGUACAUUAGUGACAGAGGUAAUGAGCGUGUUCAGCGAUGGUCUCUCGGUGCUCGAAAUGGACAAACAAUUAUAGAUGAUAUAUUUGUCUUCGGUAUAGUACAAGAUGAUCAAGGUUCACUGUAUACGUCUGAUCUGCGAAAAAAUGAAGUGAAGAAAUGGCGAAUCGGCGAGAUGAUUGGACAGUCGAUCACUUCAGAAGUUCAAUUUCCGGGCUUACUAUUCGCUGAUCGAUAUCGAUCGAUCUAUAUAUCCGAUGUGUUCAACGAUCGAGUGAUAAAAGUAGAUGACCAAACAACACAAAUCUCGGUUGUUGCUGGUGGAUCUAGAGGCGAUGGUGCAAAUCAAUUCUAUUUUCCAAGUGGUGUUGCUGUCGAUGGGCUAGGCACUGUCUAUGUGGCUGACUCGUAUAAUAACCGAGUAAUGCGAUGGCCACAUGGUGCUACAUUUGGCACUGUUAUCGCUGGUGGUCGUGGUCAAGGUUCUCGAUCUGAUCAACUCGAUAAUCCUAUUGGUAUUUUAUUUGAUCUUGACGGAAAUCUAUAUGUUGUUGAUCAGAAUAACAAUCGGGUGCAAAAAUUUGACAUUGAUAAUAAUUCGUGCUGAGACAACGAAGUCAAUUAGUCUUUCCUAUACUCAAUUGUUUCUUAUUUCGUCAGAACAAAGACAGUCGAAAAUGAAAUCAUAUUGAGCUUCAUAGAAAAGAGCCAUCGAAAAGUGUCCACUAUGAUGUCUCUUAUUUCUCAACCUGAUUGUCUUAAUUGUAAACCAAUUUACAAUAAAAUGGCACAUUUAUGUUCUACGCAACUGAAAAAGGUGUAAGGACGAGUUGAUUUGAGAACCUUUCCCAAAAUGAAGAAAGAUUUGAACAUCUGCCAUCUUCAGUCAACCUACAUAGGAACGCAGAAUCAAAUUCUAUCGCAUGCUCCACUAUAUAAUAUUCGUACAUCAAUGAGCACCAUCAGAGCCAUACUUAUAAUCAUUCAAUGCCCUGGACAAGAGAAAAACGUUUAUCCUAGAAAGGGGAUCGACCCCACAUCCCCUCCAAUUUCGUGCUACAGUUAUAUAUGUCAACGAACCCAUCAAGGAUACAUGUCUAAGUCUCUUUUGUAAGUAUUUUGUUUCAACCUUCCCAUUUUUUCCUUCAAAAUUAUUUUCUUCUCAAGUGAUUCUGCCAUAAGUUCUAAUGCAUCAUCUAGUGUUUUGCCUCCUUUUCGUUCUUCAAGUCUAUCUUUUCCCAAUGGUACUUCUUCAGCAACAAAUCAAUAAGUUUCAGCUGCUCCUCCAAACAUUUUUGAUGAUACAUCCACAUGUUCCAAUGUCUUGGCAACUUCUUCCAUUCCACAUAUAAAUCGUGCUGCUUUCGGUGGCAGAUCUCGGAUUAUUUUGUUAAUGUCUUCAUAUAUAUGUAGUUGACUUGGUUUAAGUUAGUCAAAAAAUAUUUUAUCAAGUCCAAAUAAUCGAGUCGUUACACAUCCUUGAAUAGCAAGAGCUAUUGCACCUUUAGUGACUUAUGAAUGGCACAUUUUCAGCAUUUCUAAUUCCUUCACAUCAUUUAGGAGAAAAUCAAUACAAAUGCCUCUGUUGAUUCAUUCUACUUGUUGUUAUUAUGUAUCUGUUACAAGGAAUCUUGUUUGCUGCUCAAUUAUUCAACAUUUAUCAACCGUAAAAUAUGGACAAAAAUUGAUUGAGAAACGGGAUGUUGCAUUGAACAAUCAAUAAAUUUUGCUACGAUUCUUCCAGUAAACAUUUGACUGAUGUCACCAGAAUGUGAGUGUGGGUAUGGGUGCCGGUGUGGGGUGGGUGUGAGUUUGUUCUUCAGCGAGAUUCACACCCACGCCCACAUUCACACCCACACUCACACCCACACCCACACCCACAUUCACACCCACACUCACACCUGCACCCACUCCCACAUCCACACCCACAUUCACACCUGCACCCACACUCACACCCACACUCACCCACACUCACACCCACACCCUGAAUAAUAUUUAUAUAGAAAUGAUAAAGAGAUCCUCGAUCAAAAGUGUUGUUUCUAACGCACAUUUAUCAUUGUUAUCACCAAAUUUACGUCAAUCUCGAUCAAUUUAAGGAAAGCUCAAAUUAACAUUCGAACACAUUCAACAAUGUUCAUUAAUAGUAACAAGUU